AUGCUAUGCUACGAUGUUGACGACGAAACACUCAGUCUUAUUCUCCAACUACAAAUUGAGGACCUGGAAAAUAUUAAGCAGAAAAGCAAAGGAAAACAUCGCCAAGAUGAGAUUACCGACGCAGCUCUUGCCGUUGAUACGUACGAGUCAGACUUAAGGUCUCUUGUCCGCAUCGCCUCGGACAGAUGCAUGUGCAAAAGCAUUACAAAGGCGAACAGGCUUGAUGGGCGUCUUAUUUCAAUUUUAGGGGGUCAGGAGAAACAGGCCGCACGGGACAGAGAAGUAGCCGUUCGGUUGAGCCGCGGGGAGCAGGUCGAUGGGUAUCAUCCUCCGGAUGCGGCUCAGGGAAAUGCCCCUACAGAUAUCGAUGAGGAGUUGUUGAACAGACUCGAAUCUAUCUAUGUGUCUGCAGACGGAUAUGAGGAUAUUUCAGACCAGGCCGAGUCAUCGACAUGGGCAUCAUCCAGGAUUCAGGCGACGGAAAAGAUCAAGAUGGACAAGCUGAUCAAAAGGCAAUGUAUCAGUUGCCUCGACAUUUUCAUCUGUGCCGAUAUGGCACGUUGUCCAUGCGGGCAUCAAUACUGUCAAACCUGCCUGCGGGAGCUUUUCGCGACAUCGCUCACGGACGAGUCACUCUUCCCCCCAAAAUGCUGCGGAAAGUCUAUACCCAUCAAUGAUUACUGGCGGUUUCUUCCCUCGACAUUAGCCACGGAUUUUCGUGCCAAAGAGGUCGAGUUCUCGACGCCUAACCGGACAUAUUGCCAUAUACCGACAUGUUCAAGAUUUAUACCUAAAGAGUUUAUCAAAGCCGAUGUCGCAUCAUGCAAGGGAUGCGGGCAGCGUACCUGCACCAUGUGCAAGGGCGCUGAGCAUAAGGAUCAAGAUUGUGUUCAAGAUACCUUGACUCAAAAUCUGCUGGAGGUUGCCGCUGCAAACGGUUGGCAAAGAUGCUUUUCUUGCCGAGCAAUUGUAGAGCUAGAUCAUGGGUGUAACCAUAUGACCUGUCGCUGCGGUACGCAAUUCUGCUACGUGUGCGGCCUUCAAUGGAAGACGUGCUCCUGCGAUCAAUGGAACGAGGAACGACUCUACGCCCGUGCCAAUGUUAUUGUGAACCGGGACGCAAAUGCCUUUCUUCUGGAUCAUGAGGAUCGAGCUCGAAGGGUUGAGAGAGAGGCACAGAAUCUGGUUACCAACCAUCAGUGUUUGCACGGUACAUGGAGAAGCCGCAGCGGCUCUUAUCGAUGUGAAGAGUGCCACGAUAGGUUGUCUGUUUAUAUCUACGAAUGCGCUCAAUGCCGCAUCCGUGCUUGCCGACGAUGUCGGUUCAACCGACUCUGAGCCACUUGGAAUUUCUAUCAGCUCUGAAAGUGUCUUUUGCAGAAC